GCCCUAGACGAACGUUCACCGUACUUUUGCCUCAGCUAUUGCUAGGGUACUAGUCAUUCAUUCAAAACAACCUCGGCGACACUUGAAGAGUACUUAAAUAAGAUUUGUUAGUCUUCGCUUCCCAAAACAUAUCGCGAUGCUAUCGUGUUUACCCGUCGAAUGGGCGUUCGAUACCUUUGGAUUGAUUCGAUGUGCAUUAUUCAGGACAACCAGGAGGAUUGGGAAGUAGAGUCGGCAACUAUGUGCAGCAUCUUUCAAAACGCAACUUUGGUCCUUGUAGCGACAGCCUCGUCGGAUGCUCAUGGCGGUUGCUUCUCUAGCGUCCCGUUACACAGCUGGCAUCAAAAGGUUUGGGGAGAACCCGACGACGCAGAUCACAACGUGUACCUUCGUAAGCAAAUUAGACACGAACCAUUUGUUUAAAUCGGGUACCUUGUCGAAGAUAACUUACGGGCCCCUUUACUGAAACGCGGGUGGGUAUAUUAGGA